AUGAUGAUUUAUAUCUGGGCGGUGGCUAUAAUAGUAGCGCUAGUGCUGUAUGCACGGCAGAUGCACUCGAAAUUCUUGAAGGCCGGUGUCAAUCAUCUUCCAGUGGUCCCUUUCCUUGGCAACACGGCCCGCAUAAUUUUGAAACGAGAUAAUGUUAUAAACCGACUAACAGAAUUGUAUCAGACUUAUCCUGAUGAUACGAUUGUUGGAUUUUAUGAGAUGAUGAAUCCAUUGCUGAUUAUCAAAGAUGCCGAUCUAUUGAGAAAAAUUACCGUUAAGGAUUUCGAGUACUUCGUGAAUAGACGCGGCUUGGGAGAGGAUUUACAAGAUCCAUUAUUUGGAAGAAAUUUGUUGCUUUUAAAAGGUGAAGAAUGGAAAGCGAUGCGAUCCACCCUAAGUCCUGCGUUUACAAGUUCAAAAAUACGAUUAAUGGUUCCUCUGAUGGUAGAAGUUGGAGACCACAUGAUCAAAUCCUUAAUAAGGAAAAUCGAAGAAUCUGCAGAAAACUACAUUGACAUAGAAUGCAAAGACAUGGCUACACGGUAUUCUAACGAUGUUAUCGCUUCGUGUGCGUUCGGUUUGAGAGUAGAUUCGCUGGAUGAAGAUAACCAGUUCUACGAAUCUUGCAGAAAAAUCACCACAUUUAACUUCAAACGCAUCUUAAAAUUGUUAGUAUUUAGAUCGUUUCCAAAAUUAAUGAAGACAUUGAAAAUAAACUUGUUUCCAAAUUCAUUGAGUGAAUUUUUCAAGAAACUAGUACUCCGUACGAUGAAACAACGUGAAGAGCAGCAUAUAAUACGAAAUGACAUGAUACAACUUCUUAUGGAAGCAAAAAAAGGAACUUUGUCUCAUGACAGUAAAGAUACUAAAGUUGAUGCUGGUUUCGCAACGGUUGAAGAAUCUGCAGUUGGAAGAAAGAAAGUUUAUAAAGACUGGACAGAUGUUGAACUUGCGGCACAAGCUGUUCUUUUCCUCUUCGCCGGCUUUGAAACAAUAUCAACGGUGCUGGCAUUUGCUUUGUAUGAGCUGGCCCUGAACACGGAUGUUCAAGAACGUUUAUUUCAAGAAAUUAAAGAAAACGACUCUAAAAACGAAAACAGUGAGACAUCAAUUGAUUAUGACACAAUACAGCGUAUGAAAUACUUGGAUAUGACUGUUUCAGAAGUUCUUCGUCUUUGGCCUCCUGCACCAGUCGUGGAUAGGUUAUGUGGUAAAGAUUAUGUUAUGGGAAAACCAAAUAGUAAAGCAACACAAGACUAUAUCAUUCGCAAGGGCGAAGCGCUACAAAUUCCAAUUUGGGCUUUUCAUCGUGACCCAAGAUACUUUCCUGAUCCCGAGAAAUUCGACCCGGAGCGAUUUUCAGAGGAAAAUAAACACAAGAUCCAACCCUUUUCUUAUAUGCCUUUUGGUCUGGGUCCGAGGAACUGUAUUGGUUCAAGAUUCGCAUUAUGUGAAAUAAAAGUUGUGCUUUAUCAGUUAUUACGGCACAUAGAAGUAUCUCCGUGCGAGAAAACUCCAAUUCCCGGGAAACUACGACCAGACAGCUUUCAAAUGAGGCUGCAAGGAGGACACUGGGUUCGAAUGAGAGUCCGGCAAUAA